AUGGUCCAUUCGAUACAAAUGACACCCUACGAGUACGACAGCAAGGCUGGCCUCCGAUCUGAGGCCGGAUCCAAAGCUGCGGGCAAAUGGUCGCUUUCCAAGGCGAAAAUCGCGUCGUUCUGGAUGCUCCUACUCGUAAUAUUUGGGUUGACCCGAAUCAACGUCAAGGAUACGUUCUCAGCACUCUACAGUCCCGAUUUCUCGGGUGUUCCGAGGGUCCAGUACUUCGAUUUGGAACAGUACAGUGGCCAUGCCAACGGCUGGCAGCAUGACGAAAGAGUGUUGUUCUGCGUCCCUUUGAGAGACGCUGCAGCCCAUUUACCCAUGUUCUUUGGCCACAUGAAGAACUUGACCUACCCCCACAACCUCAUUGAUUUGGCAUUUUUGGUGUCGGAUUCGUCCGACGACACCAUGGGAGUGUUGAAAAAGCAUUUGAACGAAGUGCAGAGUGAUCCCAACCCAGCCAAGAGAUUUGGCGAAAUCGAGAUCUUCGAGAAGGACUUUGGCCAAGUCAUUGGCCAGGGCUUUUCCGACAGACACGGCUUCGCAGCGCAAGGUCCUAGAAGAAAGUUGAUGGCCAGAGCCAGAAACUGGUUAUGGACAGUGGCCAUCAAGCCAUACCACUCGUUCGUCUACUGGCGUGAUGCGGACGUGGAAACCGUGCCUCCUACUAUUUUAGAAGACUUGAUGCAUCACGACAAAGACGUGAUUGUUCCGAAUGUCUGGAGACCAUUGCCAGACUGGUUAGGCAACCAGCAACCAUACGACUUGAACUCGUGGCAGGAAUCCGAUGGUGGGUUACAAUUAGCCGAGACCUUGGGCGAAGAUGCAUGUAUCGUCGAGGGUUACGUGGAGUACCAGACCUGGAGACCUCACUUGGCGUACUUACGUGAUCCAUACGGUGACCCAGAAGUGGAAAUGGAUUUGGACGGUAUUGGAGGUGUUUCCAUCUUGACCAAGGCCAAGGUGUUCCGUACUGGCUCCCACUUCCCUGCAUUUUCGUUUGAAAAGCAUGCCGAGACUGAGGCCUUCGGUAAAUUGAGCAAACGUAUGGGAUACUCAGUCAUUGGCUUGCCACACUAUGUCAUCUGGCACAUUUACGAACCAUCCAGCGAUGAUUUGAAGCACAUGGAAUGGAUGGCUUUAGAGGAAAGCAGGCAAAAAGAAGAAGCCAAAAUCAAAAAGGUGUAUGACAAGGUCUGGAACAAGGCUUUCGACGACGUGCAAGAAGACUGGGGCAAGGAAAGAGCCAAAUUUUUGAAGAACACCGAUAUGUCGAAAUUGAGGCAGAUUAACGUGGACUGGUCCGGCGCCGACGACUGGGCCAUCGAUGAAACCAAGCAAGAUAGCAAGAAAUUAGCGGACUUCAAUCCAUGA